AUGCAAAACCACCCAUACUACAUUGCUACGUCAACUACAGCUACACCGUUGGAUAACCAGUAUACUGCUAGCAUGCCAUAUAACCACCAGCCACAGUUGUCAAUGAAUUCGAUUCAAUCCCUAGUAGAGCCGAUAACUCCCCCCUUGGGACAAAUGAAUAACAAGAACAACCACCAAAGAACGACUUCUCUGGAUCUGUCAGGGUUUAACCAGUUUAUGGCGAGCAAUUCGCCCAUGAACGUAGGUGCAUUGUCUCCAAUGAGUGGAUGUAUCUCAGGUAUAGCUGCCAAUGGUGUCAAUUCCAAGCAGCGAAUUAUAUCUAUGCCAUUGAUUAGUGAGUUUGAUACAUCCUCAAUUGCUUCCGCUACGACCGCUAUACCAGCCAAUGAUCAAGGUUCUAUCAGAUCAUCAUCUGCUUUAGCUUCCAUGCGUACAGUGAGUGGUUCUACCAUUGGAUCGACGCCUAAUCAGGGAGCAAGUGCUUGUUCCUCAGCCGUAGCAGGGCGUUCAUCAUCUUCGGUAGUGUCUUCACCAGCAUCGGCUGGUGCUGAUGCGGGUUUAAGUAAUGGAGCCGGUAGCAGUAACACUGAUUUAAGUUCUGUACCACUUGAGGAAUUGGAAUAUUUGCAACUUGCUACUGAUCAGUACGGUUGUCGUUUUUUGCAGCGAAAAUUAGAGAACCCAGCAGAGUCUGCUCAAGUGAGAGAUCUAAUGUAUCAAAAAAUUAAACCUUAUUUGUUAAACCUGAUUUUAGAUCCCUUUGGUAAUUACUUGAUCCAGAAGCUUUGUGAAUACCUCACUACUGACCAAAAAACUUCUAUGAUCCAAGAUAUAUAUUCUCAUGUUUUCCAAAUAUCCAUUAAUCAAUAUGGUACAAGGUCAUUGCAGAAGAUUAUUGACACUGUUGAAACGGAGCAACACGUGAAUAUGAUUGUCAGAGGGUUUUCCCAAGAAUAUACAUCUGUAAGUCAAGUCGUCACUUUGAUAAAUGAUUUAAAUGGAAAUCACGUCAUUCAAAAAUGUAUCUUCAAGUUCCAACCAACAAAAUUUGACUUUAUAAUUGACGCCAUUAUCGAAAAGGACAAGAUUAUCAAAAUAUCUACUCAUAAACAUGGCUGUUGCGUGUUACAAAAAUUGUUAAGCGUCUGUACAUUACAUCAAAUUUUCAAGAUCUCUGUUAAAAUUAUUCAAUACUUACCAGGAUUGAUAAAUGAUCAAUUCGGAAACUAUAUUAUCCAGUUCCUCUUUGAUAUAAAGGAGCUUGAUUUUUACUUGCUGGGUGAAAUCUUUGGUAAGCUAUCACAUGAAUUGUGUCAACUCUCAUGUCUGAAGUUCUCGUCAAAUGUUGUUGAGAAAUUUAUCAAGAAGCUCUUCUUGAUUAUUACCGAUUCGAUCAAUUCUUCCUCUUCUUCGACAUCUGCACCUUCCUCUUCAUCCUUAAAGGAAUUGACUGGUACUAGUCCCAUGAUAUAUUCUCAUCAGACUGAUGACGUUGAAAAUAUUGCAAUGGGGAUUCUGCUUACAAUUACAGAUAUUUUUACUGCAAAUUUGAAUGUGUUGAUAAGAGAUAACUUUGGAAAUUAUGUUUUACAAACAUUACUUGAUAUCAAAAAUUACUCACAGUUGUUAGAAAUUGCGGGCAAUAAUUAUAUUCAUUCCUCUCCAAAAUUGACCAAGUUCAGUCAUGAAUUUACUCUUAAGGUGGGGAAUUUGAUUGUGUUGACUAAAGAGUUGUUACCCAGCAUUAAAACCACUUCAUAUGCUAAAAAGAUCAAAUUGAAGGUUAAGGCUUAUGCGGAGUUGACAGGUGUUGCAUUUAGUGAUCUUUCUCCAAAGAAAGGGCAACCAAAUCUUUCUUAUAACGGGAAUGCUUCUAAUGGUUCUAGCAAUGAUUCUCAUAACCACCGGAAACAACAUGCACGGCGUUUCUCCUUACCAGCCAAUUCAUUUCGCCAUCAAAGAGCUGGGAGCAAUGGUUCUGUUUCAAAUCUUUACUCUCAUGCUUCACAUGCACAAAAUCAGGGCCACCAUGCAACCACUAAUAACUUUUCUCAAAACGGGAACAUAAUGUCUCCAUUACCUCAACUUCGUCAACAGCAGCAACAGCAAAAUUCGCACUAUGUGUCUCAACAUACAGCAUUUAGUAAAUCACAAAAUAUGCGUUUUGUUCCAGCACAUAAAUCUCUCAACCACCAAUUGCAUUAUCAACAUCAACAUCAACAACAACAACAACAUCAACAACAACAACAACAACAACAACAACAGCAGGUUCAUCAAGAAUAUCUUCUAAACCAUUUUACGAACGCUACUUCAGCAUAUUCCAAUAGUUUAAAUACUGCCGCUGUUGACCAGUUCUCAUGCAAUGAACAGGAAAACCAUUGGUUUCAACAUCAGCAGUCUUCGUCCCACAUUCCACAUUUUUCUCAUACCACUCAUGAAACUGGCAUGUAUAUGCGCCACUCAUCUGUUCCAGGUUCUGGAAGUUUGUUAACUACUAUUGGCGAUACAUCUGUUCCCCAGCAACAAUUGGUAUCCAUGACAGAUUCCACGGCGCGAGAAUACCAUUUGAAAUUAGGGAUGGGAUUCCACCGUUGA